UAUCCAAAAAAUGGAUGAGCUGGUGAGUCAUUUGCAGCCAUAUUCAGGGUUUGGCUGUCAUCUUGCUGCUUGAUAACUCCCAACUAAAUGCAGUAGGAUUUCAACAAUAAUUUGGAAAAAGGAUUACGUCAAACAAUGGCAGGAAUCAAAGGUUGAUCACUUUGGCAUUCGCCGGCUCAAUUGGCAUGACGUUUGUCAUCUUGGGCUGUGCACUUCCAGCAUACCACGCAUGGUGGCCUCUCUUUGUAGUAUUAUUCUACAUUUUAUCACCAAUCCCAACAUUGGUAGCGAGACGUUAUACAGAGGAUUCCGGAAGUAGUAGUAAUCCCUGCCUUGAAUUAGCAAUCUUCAUUACAAUGGGAUUCGUUGUAUCAUCGUUUGCUCUGCCUAUCGUCCUAGCACGUUCACCAGAAAACGACCCAACGAUAAAGUGGGGCGCAUGCUACCUGACCUUGGUGGGCAACGUAGUGGUAUACUUGACGUUGCUUGGUUUCUUCAUGACCUUUGACCAAGACGAUACUGACUACAGCAUGUGGUGAUCUGUUUGAAUACCUUGCCGCUGUCCAAAAUGUUUUCAGAUUUUAUCUCAAGAUCUGCGAAGAUGGUUCAUCAGAGUCGCAUAUAUCGAAUUGUGCGACCGCUGUUUAAUUCUGACUUUGUUUGAAACCGCUAUUGUACAUUACUUCUACAUGUAACAUGUGUAAUUCUGUGCGUGUUGAUAACGUUAAUUCUCAUAAGAGUCUAGGCAAGGUAUCGCUGUAAUAUUGACUAUCAUUGAUUCACGUAGAACUCAUACUAACACCAUAAUUAAAUAUAAAAAUAACGACGAGAACAAGUCAUAUUCGUAAAAUUAUAUAUAAACAUCGCUAAGCAUAAAUAGCAAUUAACUGUAUUAUAUAUAUAUCUGUCCUUAUCAGUUUAAUCCAAUUAGCCGAUAUUGUGAAUUUAAUGACGAGUAAAAGUCGUGAAUAAAAAAAUAUUACAAACUUACGAUAAGAAAUCUUUCACGUUCGGUGAAACUCAGACAUGAUUAAUUAUCACGCGGCAAAAUAAUUAUAUUCAAAUAGGUUAUUUGUAUGAAAUAAUGGUCAGUGUAAAGCUUUACCUCUCUUGUUUGUGAAGUUCUAUGCCGUAUAAUGUUGUCUACAGAAAUCAAACUUAAUACCGAUACAAAGGAAUGCACGUGCAUCAUGGUAUUGAUCGUAAGAUAAUUUAAUUAGGUUUGUUUGUACAUUUUUCCAAAAAAACAACAACAAGUAUACUACAUAUGCCUGUCCACUUUUGUACUAUAAUACAAAAGA